CAACAUGUCUGCUUUUCAGUUGCCUUUUUCUGAGGGACAUUUCCAUGUUUUAUGAACCAUUGUUAUUGUUUUGAUCAUACCAUGUGCUAUGGAUGCGAAGUAUGCUCUCGCAAAGGAACUCUGCAAAGCAAUUCAGAGGGAUGAUCUGAGUUUGACUGAGUUACUGCUGUCACAAGGAGCAAGUCCGAAUACGCCACUACCAGAGGGUGUCAGUCCUUUCCAUAUUGCUGUUGGAAUUGAUAAUUCUAUAGAAUAUGUAAAAUUAAUGUUACAAUACAAUGGAAAUCCCAAUGUUAGAUCAUCAGAGGGGGUUACUCCACUGCAUGUGGCAGCCAUGUGGGGUAAGUAUGAUUCAUUGCAGCUUCUUAUCUACAAUGGUGGCGAUCCAUACAUCAGAGAAGAAGAAAACAAGGACACAUGUGACUUGGCAGAAGAAUAUGGUGACAAACAAUGUAUUGAUUUAUUGAAAGAUUACCAGUUGUGGAAUACUGAUGUUCAAGAGGAUGUAACUCCAAAAUAUUCAUUUUUACCAGUUCCAAAUAAUUCUCAAGAUGCAAUUGAUUUACUGCAUCAUUCAAGAAACCAAACAUUGGAAAUUACUGUUCCUCCAAAUACACUCUCAUCCAGUCAGAGCAGCCCAAUGUCAAGUUUGUCAGGUUAUUCACCAUCCAAUCAGAGACCUUCAUCUCCAUGUUCUUGGCAAACCUUGUCAACUGUGCAGGAUUCAACAUGUAGUCAUUACAGUGACUUCAGUGAUAGUGAUGAAGAGAUUGCGUUUAAUUUUACGAAAAGUGUGAGUUUUCAUGGGUGUACUGAUCAAGGGACUCCAAGCAGUGGUUUCUCAGAGAAUGAACUUGAUUUGGGUAGAAGUGACAGUCAACAAAGUGUUGCAAAUAUGUCUACAGCAACAUAUAUAAUCAGUAGAGGCACUCCAGAACCACAUAUACCAUGUUUAAGCUGUGGUAGUAGUAAUAGGUCAUCUAUUGAUGACACAAAUGAGUCUGCCAGUAAACCAGACACACAGUCUGCUCUUGAUAACAAUUCAAAGCCUUCCAGUUCAGUUUCACUGCUAAACCCACUCCCCCAUGAUAAUACAUGUAGUUCUGAGUCAAGUCUGAAUACCACAGUUGAUACUCUAUCAGAAAUACUAAGCAGUGAAAUGACACAUGGUUUAGAUGUCACAUCUCCGGACCAUCCACAGAUAUUCACUAAAAUGUCCACAAGCUCCAGUGAAGAUGAAUACGAGAAUAAGUUUGAAAAAACAUUGCUUUUCUUUGAGACUAUAUCAGAGGAGGAUGGAGAAGCAUUUCAAGAAGAGGAAAAAAAUGGAACGUAUUUGAAUUUGAAAAAGAAUGAUGUGAAACUAAAAGAGGAUGUAGAAAACAACGAUGUUAGUCGAAUUUCAGAGACUCCAUCAGAAAGUGAAUCUCCGAAAGAAGCUUGCUUGGAAUCUAGUAAAAAUUCAGAGGAUUCAAAUAACUCUGCAAGUGAUUUCUUUUCUGCGGAGGAACAUUUGUCUCACAGCAAUAGAACAGAUAACGCAUUGGAUAUAUCUGACACACCCAAGUCUGCGAAUAUUAGAGCAUGUCCUGAUACAUUGAUUUUGAAUGACAGUGUUGAACACCCUUGUAGUGUUGUAUGCAAGCAAGAACCGCAAAUCAAUAAGGAUUCAACAGAAAAUAGUUGCCCGGAUACACAAGUUUUAGAAAAUCAGGAUGAGCAAAUACAAUCUGGUCAUAAUGAACAAUUAGGAAGAGCUUUUAGGAAGUUUCGCCCAUCACAAAUUACAAGCUCUGAUACUGUUUCUUUAGCUUCUGAAAAUGUAUCGUGCACAAUGCUAAAUAGUGGACAAACAACUCCAGAUACAAUAAUUUUUAGGAAUGAUGAUACUAUUGCCAUUUGUGAUACUCGAGUCAUUGAUGAUACUGCACAGGGUAACGUGAGAGAGUUAACAAACAAACUAGGUGGGUGGCGUUUAAAGAGAACUGUCUUCAAUAUGUCUGAUCUGUUGACAUCAGAUGACACAGCAGAUUAUGAACCACUAACAGACAGGUACGCUGAACUUUCUGUGGAAAAAAAAACUAUGACAAGCUCUCCUGGUCAAUCUGCAGAUGGUCCUGUCAGAAAUCAAACAGUUGAAUUUAUAUACACUGAUUCAGAUGCUGGAGCAACACUGAUAGAAAAAAGAUGCCCUUCAUCUUGUAGUAGCAGUGAAAACAGUUUGUUGUCAGGCAGUGUUAACUCAUCUCUGGAUCUAAGUUCUGAUAACACUAUCAUAUAUGACUGGCAAAAGUACCAGACAGACACAAGCUUAGAUGCUGAGAGUGAACCAGAAGCCAGGGUAGAAAUACCAGUUUCAUUGAACAAACUUACUAAUGAGCAGCUACGAAAAGAAUUAUUGAAUCAUGGCGAACUACCAGGACCUAUUACGAGCUUUACAAGAGAUGUGUACUUAGAGCUGUUGAAUAAAUUGAAAAAAGAUGCAAGUCAACUAAAAAUCAACCGUGACAACAGUAAAAUAUCAACUGCUGGGUAUUUCCAUGAACUCUCCAGAUGCAUCUUACAAAAUCAUUCUGUUCCUGAUAUGCAAGACGAUGAGCAAAAGAUGUCAAAUCAGUUUGACCAACCAGAUCCACUGAGGAAAUGGCGUGAAGGAACUCUCAAGUCUUCCUUCAACUAUUUAAUUCUAGAUCCAAGAGUGACAAAGAAUUUACCAGUCAGACAUCACAAUGGUCUCAAUGAAACAGAGGCAUUUAAAGUUUUCAUAUCAGCAAUUUUUUACAUUGGUAAAGGCAAGAGGGCCAGACCCUAUGCUCAUUUCUAUGAAGCUCUUGAGCAAUUAACAAAUCCUCGAUUGAGGCCAACCAAAAAGGUACAGCAUAUAACUGAUAUAUGGCAGCUUGGGUUGGGUGUUGUAUCCUUGCAUUGCUUCCAAAGUGUCAUACCAGUGGAAGCUUACACCAGGGAAGCAUGUAUGGUAGAUUGUAUUGGUUUAUCAAGGUUAACCAAUGCUAAGAAAGGUGACUAUUAUGGGAUAGCAGCCACAUGGUCAGCAUCCAAGAAAAGGCAGAUGGGAGUCUUCCUCUUGCAUAAAGCAUUCAAGAUCUUCCUAGUUGAAGGAGAACGGCAGAUUAGGCCUGCAGACAUCAGAAAAGGACAGUAA